AUGUUGCUACUCAGGGUGGUGCAGUUGCCAAGGUCAAACCAAGCUCGAAAAGCAAUAUCAACUGCUCGUCGACAUCCAUGGUCAAUUAUAUCUAUAAUUUCCACUCUCCCAUUCCUCCUCCUUCUAUCUCUCACCUCUACAAUCAUCUGUCCUCCACCUAAACAACACUCCCCAAUCUCGAAAUUCGUAUUAUCUUCACUUGGUCUUCAUUCUAAAUCAGCUUAUGGUCCCUUACGCGAGAAAUUUUGUUACCCCGCAAACGUAUAUCACGAUUCCGUUCUUGUUCCCUAUGUAUACCCUCAAAUCGAAAAUGUCCAACACACCAUCGUCACUCAUCCUAUUUAUACCCAUCAUGUUCUUCCUACUUACACGUCUGCCAAUCAGGUGACGAGAAAGAUAUGGAAUGGACCUGUUAAACCCGUGGUGAACAGAGUGAGAAGAGGGGCAAAAAGGUUUUAUCUAACUUUUGUUCAACCCCAUUUACCAUGGGCGAGACAAAAGGUAUACCUCGCUUUCUCUCCUUUGACAUCUCGAAUCGAAGCUGCUCACAAGUCAUACGUCUCUCCACAUUUGAGUACGGCGCAGAGAUACGCAAACGACGCUUCUGGGAGAUCAUAUCAAUUGUACCAAUCGGUGGCGGGUCAUCCAUUGACCAAACAAUCCGCCGGGUAUGCCGCUACAGCUAGGGAUAUGGCAUACAAAAAUUACAUGGUCGUUCGUCCACAUCUCAUCCGCGCCGCUAAAGAAACUAGACGGGUCGUUCUUCAGGUCGUUCUCCCUAGGAUAUUGAAAGGUUUGGAAAUUACCUCUGGUCAAAUAUACAGACAAAGUACUAUCAUUCGCAUAAAAUCAGGCAAAUUCUACGCUGCGUAUCUUGAACCGCACGUUGGUCCUUAUGUAGACAAGGUAUCUCUCGCCAGUAAACCAUAUACCGACGCCUUUUAUGUCAAAAUUUAUAAACCUUUUGUAAAACCCAUUUUGGUGGCCAUACUACCCGAAGUCGUGAUGGCUCCGGAACCCAAGAAAAGUUUCUGGGCGAUGAUUGCGGACAUAUUGCCGGAAGUCGGAUCUUCAUCUGUUGGCGAGGGAAAGGCAGCGAUGAAGGAAACUUACGAUCGAGCGGAAAAGGUUGAGGCGCCGAAGAAAGUCAAAGAGAGUGCGAGCAGCGUCAAGAGUAAAGAGAAGGCGAGUGCCAGUAGCAUUCAGCAGAAGGCGAAGGAGUCUGAGAAAGGGAAGCUGAGCAAGACGGAGAUACAAAAAUCGGCGGAAGUGAUCAAAAAACGAGUGGACCAAGCGGGACAGGAGGGGUACGACAAGUUGUCAUCCCAGUUACUCGACAGUCACACCAAAAUCGUCGCGGAGAAAAUGCCCUUACAUGCUCAAAAUGCCCGACAGGAGCUGGAUAGAUUCAUCGACCGCGUCAUCACUGGUUUCAACAAAUUCUGGACGGACCCAAAGAAAUUCACGCCCGAGUUGGUAGACAAAAUGUCCAGGGAUGCAGAGAGCCGGGUGGCGGGGGAAGUACGAAGGGUCAAAGCUGGUUUAGGAGAUAGGCGGAAGUUCAUUGAAAAGGAGGAUCAGAAGUUGAUUGAUUCGGCUUCCAAAGGUGUUGAUGAGGCUAUGGGGAAGGAAUUUGAGGCUUUGUUGGUUCAGAUGAGCUCUGUCGAAGGUGCCACUACAAAGGAUUGGUCGAAGCUCAAUGCAGUCAAGAGCGCGGCCGAGACAUGGAAAGACAAAUAUCACGCUCUGGCUACUGCUAAAUCACCCCUGAAAGCUUUAAAUCACCAAUCUGCCAGCGUCGAUCAAGGUUUCGCGCUCAUUCACACCGAGCUUGAUGACAUGUUUGAAGGCUACAAAGCUCGUACCGGAAUCCUCAGACGCUCCGCUUUAGACCAGUACGAGGCGGCACAAGAAUUGGCGUCGGCUUCGUCUUCAUCGUCGGGCAGUAAACCUUCGUCUACCGGUAAUGGACGCUACUCUAUUCUUCCCGUGGCGGAAGCUGUGGGAAUUGCAGCUGCCGGUGAGGCUGUGAUCGGAAAGGGCAAAGAGCAAAUCAUGGAUGCUUUUAAUCAAGCCAGUGCUGCUUUAGCCGGCCAAGAGUCUUCGACCGGGAUUGUCGACCAAGCGAAAUCCCUCGGCGAACAAGUCAUCUCUUCUGCAUCGGCCAGUGUGCACUCUGCCACUCGAUCGGCAAUGUCAGCAGUCGGCGUCACACCUUCUCCAGAGUCCCCUCGUGAACACCUAGAAUCGGUAGUUGAAGCCGCUAGCAAUUCGGUCUACUCUGUUUACUCGGCUGUAGAAGAUCAAGCUUCCUCUCUCUCUUCCGCCGCGUCAGAUGCCAUUCAUCAAGGAACACGAUCUGUUAUCUCUGCGGUUGGAGGCACUCCGACCCCUGAAGGCGCCGCUGAACAUCUUGCUUCUAUCGGAAAUGUGGUCGCCCAAGGUGCUGCUCAGGUGUAUGGAGUGGUUGAAGAGAAUGUCCAUCAUGCCACUCGUUCAGCGAUGUCUGCCGUUGGUGCCACUCCCAGCCCCGAGACCCCUCAAGAACAUUUCGAAUCCAUCGUCGAUGGCGCGUCUUCACUUGCUGGUAACGCCGCCGCGUCUGCAUCUUCCGUCAUUCACGAUGCCAGUUCAGCGGUUCACGACGCCACUCGAGCCGGUAUGCGAGCUAUCGGUGUAACUCCCUCUCCUGAUUCCCCAAAAGAACACCUCGAAUCGAUUGCCAACGACGCGUCGUCCUUACUACAUGAUGCUACCCGUUCCCUCGUCAAAGCAGUGGGAGCUACCCCUUCACCCGAAUCGCCAGGGGAGCACCUCGAAUCCGUUCUUGAUGCUGCAGGAUCUGUCUACUCAAACGUUGAUUCCAAAGCAUCUUCUCUCUACACCGAAGUCUCUUCCACCGCUUCAUCUGCAGUUUCAGAAAUGACAAAUCAAGCAGCUCUCCUAGCCUCUCAGAUCCAAUCACUUGUGGGAUUAGCACCUACCCCAACACCUCUCGCUUCAUCCGCUUCGGCAUAUGUAGGUUCUCUCUAUUUGGCGGGAUCGACAGCUGGAGCCGAGUUGUUGGCAGAAGGAAGUAGUCUUCUGGUCAGUUUACAAUCAGAAGCGAGUAAAUCGAUACAUUCAGCCACUCGAGCGGCUAGUAGAGCGGUAGGAGCAACACCCAGUCCUGAAGGAGUCAAGGAGCAUUUAGAAAGUGUAAGUUCUAAAGUGGAAAGUGUAGCGAGAAGUGUUAUAGGACACGAAGAGUUAUAAGGGGGGUGCGACUAUCUAGAUAUUCUACGUAGGUCUUAUUGGUGGUAAGUUAUGACGAAUGGAUGUGAUGAACCGCC